AAAUAACCUGUAUUCUACCCCCCCCCCCCACCCCUUACCGUUGUUCUAAUCCUGUAUAAAAACAGGAUAGGAAUGGAAAUUUUAACCUAUCUAUGCAUUUCCUCAUAAACUCUUUACAAAAAGGGAUAUAUGGUACCAUAUAGUUAAGUAUGUAUUCACUAAAAUACAUAAGAAUACUAUAUAUGCCCCCCUUUUUACCAGUUUGUUGGGAAAUUUUGCUAGAAUGUUAUUUCUAACAAAAUGUUAUGUUAUUUGUUGGAAAAUUUAUCUUUAAAAUCCGAAUUAUUUCGUGAGAUGAUUAUUAUGUCUCUACCAUCUGCUUGUAAACAAAGUAGAAAUAUCGUUGAUGAAAAGCAGUUGAUCAAAAUAAUUAAUAAUAGUAUAAUAGAAUUUUUGGAAGUUUUUUUCUAUUCAAAUUCCUAUCAAGAAUAAAGAGAAACACAGUUCACACAAAUGGGCCUACUAACUUGUGGAACGAUAUGUUUGUUUGACCGGGAAAAAAGGGCUUGGUAGUAAACCUUGCAAAGCAUGGAAUAAGCGUCCCGUACAAUCGCGUGCAAAAUUUUGAAACAGCGGUUACAAAACAGUUGUGUAAAAUUUACAGAGAAAACGGCGUAGUUUGCCCACCAAGUAUCCAGAAUGGUAUGUUCACGUCUGCAGCGAUCGACAACAUUGACCACAAUCCAUCUUCAUCUACAGCAUUGAGUGCUUUCCAUGGUACCAGUAUCUCAAUUUUCCAACAUCCGAAAAUCAUGAGAAGGCAGACACAACUGCAAUUGGAGAAUGAUAUCGAGAAGAGCAGUGUUCCCUUAGAGCUGCCAAGCUACUAUACUGAAAUAUGCCCAACAAAAUCGAAAAUACCGGAAUAUCCACUACAGAGAACAAACACUGAAGAUUAUAGCAAUAACGCGCAAAAAAUGCUUGAAGAUAAUGGCUGGUUGCAAAAUUUGCACUGCUGGGAGAGUUCAGAGGUAGAAAUUCCUUUGUUCGAAAGAGUUUCUAGGUCGGCAUACAAUGCAAAGAAGCUGGAACGAAACGAAGCACUUCCGACAACACUUUCAACGCUCUUGCCACUUCUGAAAGAGUCUAUCACGUCGACGGCCACAGUUGCCCAUACAAUGAAGAUAGUUAAGCUCAUAUUACAGCAUGUGAAUCCCGGACAGAUUCCUGUAAUGACAGCGGAUCAGCCAGUAUACGCGAUUUCAAAGCAAGUGCAAUGGCUCUACCCCGAGCUUUAUGGUGAGGGUAAGCUAUUAAUGAUGAUGGGUGCCUUGCAUAUCGAAAUGUGCCUUCUCUCAACCAUUGGUGAUUGGCUUGAUGGGAGCGGUUGGGUUGAACUUGUAGUAAAAUCCAACAUCAGCACGCCAGGAAGAAUCGAAAGUAUGAUUCAAGGCAAGCAAGUUAAGCGUUGCCGUUACGUUCACCAAGUGACAUGUGCUGCACUCUACCUCCAACUUGGCGAUGUCUACAAAUGCUCAGGUUCAUCAUUAACACUGCAAGAUUGGAUCGAGAGCAAGCGGGCAAAAUCACCACAGUUUCACUACUGGGCCACAGUUAUUGAAUUGGAAGCGUUACUCUUAAAGUUAGUCCAGAGUCUACGUGAAUCAAACUUUUCCAUGUUUGUACAGACUCUUGAAGAAAUUGUGCCAUGGGUAUUUGCACUAGAUCACACUAACUAUGCACGGUGGCUUCCUAUCUCUAUUCAAGACCUAAAGAUGCUUUCCUCUAGACAUCCUUCAAUUCACAAAGAAUUUAUGGAAGGGAACUUUACAGUAAGAAAGACAAGAAAGGCGUUUUCAACUAUUGCUGAAGAUCAAGCUCAUGAGCAGAAUAACAAAGUUAUAAAAAUUGACGGUGGAGCGAUCGGCAUUCUUGACAACGAAACCGCUCUACUGAAAUGGAUGGUUGGGGGACCGGAAAUUGCACGGUUAGUUAACGAAUUCAAGAAUUACGACGAACAAAGUGAGGAUGAAGACAGAACUCCAAAGGAAGAGUUGCCACAUCAUGAAGACUCAAAUUCUUUUGAAAAGCGUUUUCGAAAAGAUGUUGCAUCGUUCAAAGCAACGUUGUCAGAGAUAGGGAAUCCAUUCGAUGAAGGUGAUAUUCUAUUUCAAAUAAUGACAAAGAAUGUCAUGGCUGAUCCUUCAAUCAAGUCAGUACAAAACGCUAAAAAGAUCGAAGAGGCACAGUAUCAAGCUUACGUCACAGAGAGACUGCUGACUUGCAAGAAAUCAAUCUACGAAGUUAUACCGAAAAACAAACUCUCUCUAUUUCGCAACAAGAAUGCAGUGAAAUUUUCAAAAGAUAAAUUGAAGGUGGUUUCUCUUCAGCAGGACCGAAAGCUCUAUGCAUCACUCUAUGUUGCUUGUCAAUCAAGGAACGGUGAUCUGGCUGACUUCUUUGCUCACGAGAAUCAUGCUUAUCCACCAGCAAUAUCUGAAUAUGGUAAGCUUCGUAAAGGCAAUAAAGCUGAUUUCCUUGCAUUUUUAGAAAGACACGAAUCAUCAGACGUUGACGAACCAACUGGUGUAACUGCAAAGAUAAUAGAUGGGGCAGCAAUGGUUCAGUUUUCAAAGCCAAAUCAGGUCAAAACAUUCGGUGAAUAUAGCAAGGAAGUCUUUCGUAAAGCUGUCUUUAGAGAAUUUUCCACCAAUGGCAUGCAGCGAGUCGAUGUCGUCUUUGACAGAUACAUAAGUGGUAGCCUGAAAUCAGAAACAAGAGAAGGGCGAGGUUCUGGAAUUCGAAUCCUUGUUAAUGAAGCCACUCCUAUCUGGAAGAAUUGGCACAAAUUUCUUAGAAAUGACGAAAACAAAAAGGAGCUGUUUCAUUUGCUGGCUGUCGAUUUGACAAGCGAAUUCUUGACAAGUCGUAGUUGCUACAGAUUCUGAAGAAGUGCUAUCAUCAGAAGCAACCGAUCUUACGUUUUUAACUCCUUGCAACCAUGAAGAGGCGGACACACGCAUUUUCCUGCACGUCAAACAUUGCGCUGAUUCCGGUCAUAGCAAAGUCGCUAUAAGA